CGGAAGCGGAAGUGGAGCCGUAAGAUGGCGUACCAGACCUUCCGGCAGGAGUACCUGCAGGUGCCGCCCGUUACCCGGGCCUACACCACCGCCUGCGUCCUCACCACCGCCGCCGUGCAAUUAGAACUAAUCACACCAUUUCAACUGUAUUUUAACCCUGAAUUAAUAUUUAAACACUUUCAAGUAUGGAGGUUGAUUACAAAUUACUUAUUCUUUGGGCCAGUUGGAUUUAAUUUUUUAUUUAAUAUGAUUUUUUUAUAUCGUUACUGCCGAAUGCUUGAGGAGGGGUCUUUCCGAGGUCGGACAGCAGACUUCGUAUUUAUGUUCCUUUUUGGUGGACUGUUAAUGACUCUUUUUGGCUUGUUUGUGAACUUGGUUUUCUUGGGUCAGGCCUUUACAAUAAUGCUCGUGUAUGUGUGGAGCCGCAGGAAUCCCUACGUCCGUAUGAACUUUUUUGGUCUUCUCAUCUUCCAGGCCCCAUUUCUACCCUGGGUGCUCAUGGGCUUUUCAUUGCUAUUGGGGAACUCCAUCAUUGUGGAUCUUUUGGGGAUCGCAGUUGGACACAUAUAUUUUUUCUUAGAGGAUAUCUUUCCUAAUCAGCCUGGUGGUGGACGGCUUCUGAAAACACCAUCUCUUUUCAUGGAAACCAGCAAGCAGCCUUAGAGCUUCAAGUUGAUUCCAAGCACCAAUCAAAAAGAAGGAAAGCAAUGUUUGAUACACCAGAAGAUGAUCCCAAUUACAAUCCGCUGCCCGAAGAGCGACCGGGAGGAUUUGCAUGGGGUGAAGGUCAGCGCCUCGGAGGCUAAUAAAUGGCUGUGCCAAUACCCAGACAUAACUGGAAGGAACUAAACUGAAGUACCAUAUUGGGAAUUCUCUUACUCCUUGUUGCAGAAAGGACACUUUAUAGCUUUAUGGUUCUGAAUACAAGAAGCACUUUAUGAUGUGGCAGUCUAACUAGUCCAAGACAUUUCCUUAGGAGACUACCAGUGUCUCUCUACACCAGGGGUUUUGUUGCAUUGGUACUGAAAGCAUAAUCUAGUGGAGCCCAAAAAAACCAACCAACCCAACUGGAAACCAUUUCCUGUUAACUUCAGUUAACAAGACCAUGUGUACUCUUUUAAAAAUGUUUCUAAGGCAUUUUUUUCCAAGUUAUUUGAUACAGGAAACUGUAUGGGAAACUUUGAGGGACAAAAUAAAACUUUGGCUUUUA